GUGGGGCGGAGGGGAGGGACCAGCCUCCCGGCCCUUGGCGGGUGAGAAAUAGUAGAGGCCGAAAAGAGAGGAGGGGGUAGGCUUUGGUGAGCGCACAGACGGAGCCUCGAGUGGGACAAACUAGUGUAAAGAGCGUUAGCCUAAACGCUCUGCCGACUUGGAGUGGGAAGACCAGUCUUUAUGCAGGGAAAUUAAUUCGCGUUAUGCAGUGGAGGAAAAACAUAACAAGAGGGAGGGGAAAAAUCAAGCAGUCAGAAGACAGGAGAAUAUGGGAGACGUCCUGUGUGGAAAUGCUUUUGACCCAACCUGCAAAUGUUGUUGUGAAGAGGCAGAAAGUUCACGGCAGCAGGACAGUUUUCAGUCUAGGGAAAUGGAAUGUGUUUUGAAGCUAACAGAACCAAACAAAACGCUGCAGACAGUGAAUUCAUUCCAGCCACAAUGGUUCCACACACUUCAGGCACAAAAAGCUGGAAGAUCAAGGCAACGCCGUCUCAGUGAUCCUUCCCAGGAGCAGGGUUUUGCAGAGAGAUUCCAGUGGCAAAGAAGGGGUCUCCCAUUUGGAAAUGCCUCCUCCUACCUGAAUCUGGAGAAGCUGAGUGAAGGUUCUCACUCUACAGUAUAUAAGGGGAUCAGUAGAAUAUAUGGCCAGCUGGUAGCUUUGAAAGUCAUCAACCUGAGGAUCGAGGAGGGGCUGCCUUUCACAGCCAUAAGAGAAGCGUCCCUCCUCAAGGGCCUGAAACACACCAAUAUUGUGCUCCUACAUGACAUCAUCCAGUCUAAAGACACCCUUACAUUAGUCUUUGAAUACAUGCACACUGACUUGGCACAGUACAUGUCUCAGCAUCCUGGGGGGCUUCAUCUUCAUAAUGUCAUGCUUUUCAUGUUCCAGCUUCUGCGAGCUUUGGCUUACAUCCACCAGCGCCACAUCCUUCACCGGGACUUGAAACCUCAGAACUUGCUCCUGAGCUGCCUUGGAGAGCUCAAGUUAGCUGAUUUUGGUCUUGCUCGUGCUAAGUCCAUCCCCAGCCGAACGUACUCUGCUGAGGUGGUGACACUUGGGUACCGCCCUCCUGAUGUGCUUCUGGGAGCCACUGAUUAUUCUUCUGAUGUGGAUAUUUGGGGUGCAGGCUGCAUAUUUGUUGAGAUGCUUCAAGGUCAGCCACUGUUUCCAGGGGUUUGCGAUACCUUUGAACAGUUGGAGAAGAUCUGGGUGGUACUGGGAAUCCCAACAGAGGAAACUUGGCCAGAAGUUUCAAAGCUUCACCACUAUAAGCUCGGGAGUUUCUUCGCCAGUAGGCCUCGGAGGUUCCGAAUGAUCUGUGACAGGUUAGGCAGGGAGUCUGAGGCUGAAGACUUGGCAACAAGGAUGUUAAAGGUUUGUCCACGGGACAGAAUCUCUGCAAAAGAGGCACUUGUUCAUCACUUCUUCAGUCCUUUGCCCUCUCAGCUCUAUCAGCUUUCUGAUGCACAAUCUGUAUUCUCAGUCCCUGGAGUGAUGCUGAAACCAGAAAUGUGUGACCUCUUUGCUUCAUAUGAGAAGAGCCAUCACCAAAUCAGUUCUAGCAAGUUUUGGUAAGAAGAACAAAGGAAUUAUAGACUUCUUUUGGGGAGGUAUGACAAAACAAGAUAUAACAAUCAACAUUUCCAGACGCUAUAAAACUGAUCAGUGGAGUCCAGUUUCCAAUUGUGCAGGGAUUUCUAAUGAAGACAGGUCAAGUUAAAAGAAGAAAGAAGUUAAUUGGAAAUGAAAAGCACAUAUUACCAUAUAUAUCUUUAAUAUAAA